AUGGGCUCCAGCGCGAGGAAAAAGGCGGAGAAGAAAAAGGACUUCCAGAAACCCAAGUACAAGGUCGGAAAGGACAAGGCCAAGGCAGCUAACUUUACAGAUACCAGCUUCAAGGCAAAAGCCAUUGUCGUUGGUCACCAGAAUUUAUCCACCGAAGCCCCGGACGUUGUUCAGCAGUUUAAGCACAAUCUGUCAUUGGCAUCAUCCUCCAGGUCCGACAAGCAGCGUCGAGAGGCUCUCGCCUAUCUGACGAGCCAGCUGUCAUCCGAGCCUCCCGUCAAUCCCGUGGGAACCCAUGCUCUCCUCACCAAACUACUCCCACUCGUCUCCGACAGCGCCACUCCCGUGCGCGCACAGCUCUUAAAGUUCCUCCGCACCCUUCCGGAGGCUGAAGUGAAGCACAGCAUCGAGCAUGCCGUCAUGUACAUUCGCGCCGGAAUGACCCACCUGUCGUCCGACAUCAGCAACGACACCCUCGGCGUCAUGGAAUGGCUUCUCGAAGUCGCUGACGACGAGCUCGUCAGCUGCCCUGGCGGCUGGGUCAAAACACUCAACACAUUCUGUGCCAUCAUGGGUUGGGCAGUCUCUUCCUCAAAUGGCGGUUGGACGUCUGGUGCGAGGGGAACGUUGAAGGCCAAGGAUGCUCAGACGCUUGCCCGACAGAUUAAUGCCCUCUCCAAGUUUCUACAAGCUGGCUUCCGAGAAGAAGAAAACGAGGAGGCAACCGUCUCCGAGUACUGGGAUAACCUGUAUAGACUACCCCGAGCACCUACCGCCUUCGAGUAUCUAAACCUCUCUGGCACUAGACGCGACGAAGACGGGGAGAUGUAUUCGAAUCGCGAGGCGAGGCAGCAAGUCUUUCGCCGCAAGUUCUUCGACCCCAUGACAAAGGGACUCGAAAAGGCAAAGAAGGAGGGCGGCGCGACGGGACGUGCUGCCUCCACCAUGGAGCAGAUCCUGCAAGAGGGUAUGCGUGGCUACGAAUGUUCGACCGCCCUAGACACACAAGAUCUUCUCGACCUUUGGUGA